AUGGACGACGGCGAUAUUGGUUCGAGCGAAUUUACUGGUCUUGAUCCUCCUCAGGCUGUCGAUUCGGACUCGGAGGAUCCUGAGCUGGCCUCAAGAGCCAUCCAGCGGGAAAAAUUGAUCAAGGAAAUUGCAGGUUUACAGCAGGACCUUAAAGGCGUCCUAGAUGAAAUCAAGAAGGUUGAAGGCGAAUUCGAAAAGAAGAAAGCUGAAAAUGAAAUGUUACAGACUUAUGUUAACAACUUAACUCGUCAAAACAUGCUCAUCACCAACGCCAAAUGA